CGGGGUUUAUUGAUUGAAUUCCGCUGGCGCGGGAGCCUCUGCAGAGAGAGAGCGCGAGAGAUGGACAUGGACAAACGGAUUCAUUUAAUGCUGCGGAACAGGGCGCCCUCUGAUGUGAAAGAGCUUGUCCUGGACAACUGCCGGUCGAUCGAAGGCAAAAUCGAAGGCCUCACAGAUGAAUUUGAGGAACUGGAAUUCUUAAGUACAAUCAACGUAGGCCUCACCUCUGUCGCAAACUUAUCAAAGUUAAACAAACUUAAGAAGCUUGAACUAAGCAAUAACAGAAUCUCAGGGGGCCUGGAAGUAUUGGCAGAAAAGUGUCCGAACCUCACGCAUCCAAAUUUAAGUGGCAACAAAAUUAAAGACCUCAGCACAAUAGAGCCACUGAAGAAAUUAGAAAACCUCAAGAGCUUAGACUUUUUCAAUUGUGAGGUAACCAACCUGAACGACUACCGAGAAAACGUGUUCAAGCUCCUCCCGCAGCUCACGUAUCUGGACUGCUACAACCGGGACAACAAGGAGGCGCCUGACUCGGACACCGAGGGCUAUGUGGAGGGCCUGGACGACGAUGACGAGGACGAGGACGAGGAAGAGUAUGAUGAAGAUGCUCAGGUAGUGGAAGAUGAGGAGGAGGAAGAGGAAGAGGAGGAAGGAGAAGAGGAGGAUGUGAGUGGAGAAGAGGAGGAAGAUGAAGAGUGUUAUAACGAUGGGGAAGUGGACGAUGAGGAAGAUGAAGAAGACGGUGGCGAAGAAGAAAGGGGUCAGAAGUGAAA